GAGAGAGAAAAUAGAAUAUAAGAAGAAAGAGAAAAGGCGGCAGUGUGCUGAGAGCUGAGACAGCUGGAGACAGGCUGUAAACAAGAUGUAUGGGAAUUGCACAGCGCACAGCCACAGGGGAAGCCAACGUUCACUUCUCAUUUCUCCUUCAUUCAUUCAUUCAAUCAUUCGCCUCUCUGGACGCUAGAUCCAUCUAAUCCUCUCUGUACUUGAAUUGAAUAAUUGGUCCGACUCCGACAGCAUACCAGUUUUGAGCUUCGUUGUCAUCUACUCAGAGUUAAUUAUUAAUAUUUGGAACUGAGUCAGUUAUAGUUCAAUUCUGGAGCAUCAGAGGAAUUUUUGUGCCCAUGCUAUUAGAGAGCAUGCUUGGAAUCUGUACUUCGGGUAAUGCCCCUGACGAGAUUUGCUGCCGAUGCGUUCGAUGUGGUGACAAUUUGUUUCGUAGCCAUAUUGCUUCUUCUUGGGUUGUUGUGUAUUGUAUACUCAUGUUAUUUUCGAUCUCGAAUUCAUCAUCUUCAGAGUUGUGUUCAGCUGAGUUAUUUUAGUGGUCCUUGGAUCAUUAGAAUCACAUUCAUCCUAUUUGCAUUCUGGUGGGGUGUGGGUGAGAUUAUUCGUUUAAGUUUGUUAAGACGAGCCCUUCACUUAAAAUGGCAGGAAACGGUCUGCAAAUGUUACAUUGUAUCAAAUCUGGGGUUUGCAGAACCGUGUCUCUUCCUCACACUUGUGUUUCUUCUUCGUGCACCCUUACAGAAAUUGGAGAGUGGAAUUAUGAGCAGAAAGUGGAACGGGAAGACAGCAGGAUAUAUUCUGCUUUACUGCUUCCCAGUUUUUGUUCUUCAACUUUUUGUAAUUUUGGUUGGACCUGAGUUGAACAAGAAUAAGGGUUCAGGGAAAAAACUGCCUCAUUAUUUUACCAGUACAGCUGCUGCCUCUUCAUUUACUAGGGAGCAUGACAUUGCCCUCUGUACUUACCCUUUACUAAGUACUCUUCUCCUUGGCCUUUUUGUCAUUAUCCUGACCUCCUACCUUUUUUGGCUUGGAAAUCGGAUUUUGAAAUUAGUUAUUAAUAAGGGUUUGCAGAAGAGGAUUUACACAUUGAUACUCUCAGUUUCAGGGUUCCUUCCAUUAAGGGUUCUUUUCCUUGGUUUAUCUGUUUUGUCUGGACCUGAACAUUUUAUGUUUGAAGCUUUUGCAUUCUUGGCUUUUCUUGCCCUUGUAUGUUGUGCUGGGGUGUGCAUGUGCAUGCUUGUAUACCGUCCAGUUGCAGAUUGUUUAGCGCUCGGAAAUUUACAAGAGUUGGGAGCUUGGAGAUUCAACGUUGAUCAUAAUGAAACCGUGUCUCUUAUUGCUAACCAGAGUCACCUGGAAGAAGACGAUGCUGGGUCUAGUCCCCGUAGGUAUUCUGAUGCAUCAGCAAAACGUGGCUCAAUUUCGUUUCGGACGUUGGAAAAGGAUGAUACUUCUACAGCUACAUUUGUUGAACUAAGCCUCUUCUCUCCCAGUCGACAUGCAACCCCUCCUCUAGGCUGGCCUAUGCGAUCCCCAACGCAAGUUAUUGGACCGUGAAGAAGAGUAAAGACAGAUUAUCAUUUUUUGUGGGAAAGGAAACUGAUUGUAUAGUGUUUAGAUUCAAUAAGGCUUUUAUUCUCGUUUUUUGUCUCCUAAUCCUAGGUAUAUUGCUUUUGCUCGGGAAUUUCUUGUAACUUUUUUUCUUUCCUUCACCAUCCCCACAACUUUUCUUUUCCCCGUUUCUAAAAUUUCUAUUUCAAAUGUUUGAAUAGUUUUAGUCGUAUACAUCCUUCCUAAUGAUACAUAUUCUUUUGAUUAUUAGUUUCGUUUCAAAAUAAUUUAUAUAUUAUACUAUAUGUAAUUUGUUUAUGAUUAUUUUUUAAUCUAUUUCAUGUUUAUUAUAUCACUAUAAUUUAUAGUUAAAUACAUAACUAAAAACUUGAUUAUCCCGUGUAAGGUCGAUUUAUUUAAUAGAAGAUUUUGUGUUUGGACUC